ACUUAGCUUCCGGGCUGCGGCUUCUCCCUCGGGCGGGCGGCCGGAGCGGCAUCACGGACUCAGAAAAGCGGCCUAAAAAAAAAACACCUCGGCAUCGAGUGGACGAAAAUGGCCCGAACCAAGCAGACGGCUCGCAAAUCCACGGGUGCGAAGGCGCCCCGCAAACCGCUGGCCACUAAAGCCGCCGAGAAAAGCGCCCCCACUUUCGGCGGGGUGCAGAGGCCCAGUCGUUACAAGCCCGGGACCGUUGCGCUUCGAGAAAUCCGUCGUUACCAGAAAUCCACGGAGCUUCUGAUCUGGCAGCUGCCUUUCCAGAGGCUGGUGCGGGAGAUCGCCCAGGGCUUCAGGGCGGACCUGCGGUUCCAGAGCGCGGCCAUCGGGGCGCUGCAGGAGGCCAGCGAGGCGUACCUGGUGGGCCUGUUCGAAGACACGAACCUGUGUGCCAUCCACGCCGAGAGGGUCACCAUCAUGCCCAAGGACAUCCAGCUGGCUUGCCGGAUACGGGGAGAGAGAGCUUGA